ACCACUUCACUCCGCCUCCGCUCCCCUUUCCUGUCGCCGCUCUGACGACACACUGCUGCGCCUUCUCCCCCUCUUCACUCUCCACCCACCAGCGGCCCCAAAACCCUAGCCGGGGAGCUCGGCCCGCCGCGGGGAGGUAGCGCGGAGGAGCUCCGCCCUCGCGCCGCCGCACCGCGCCCUCGGCCGCCGCCUGCUGCGUGUCGCCAUUCCUCGGUACUCUCCAUUGCCAGGAAACCAGUGGUCACUCAGUCAACCAGUCAAAAUGCAGUUCCAGUCUGGCAACUGUGCCAAAACGUUGGCAAAAGUAGAUGGAUCUGGUGCAAAAGAUUUGUCAGUCGGCCCAAGCACAUUUGGUUUUCCACAAGAUGCUAAUCAGGAAUAUUUUAACCAGGCUUGCCAGUGCAGUUAUCCAGUUUCAACGCAAGGCUUUCCAGAUUUACCAAGCGUUCCAGAUUUUGUUCUGAAUAAUGCUUCUGCUGCACUCAGGGAAUAUCAACAAUUUGACCACUUUUUCAGACCACUUCAGCCUCUGGCACCUGAUGGAAACCAGGUGCAAAAUAGUGGCAUAAAUACCGCACAUCGCAGUAGACCUUCUAAUGCAUCCUCCUGCCUUGAUCAUGUAGAAGAAAUAACUUCUCAUGACACGGAUGGUUAUGACGACAGAGCUAUCUCAUUUGGGAGUAGCUGCAGCACAGGAAUUGCGUGUUAUCCAUAUAGUAGCCCUAUGCAAAGUGAUGACUGCAUUGCAGACACGCAGGAUGGGACCUGGGCUGCUCUUAUGCAAAUGCAACAGGCUUUGGAGGCGGCUAAUGAUGAGUGCAGUGACUUGACUUUCAAUAACACAGAACUUUCAGGUGGGAAUACCAUGCAGCAUCAAGUUGUUUGGGACAAUGGCUGUUUAGCAAGUCCGUCUUUCACCUCAAACUUUUUACCCUUCCCUGGAGAGGCUGAAACCACGGUCACAAGUACCAGCGCUAUGUUUAACUUACAUAACUCUGUUGAUCUCCCGUAUGAUAAUGAUCAAGACAUAUCAUCUUUUGAGCUCAAAGUAGCUGAACAGAAAGAGGCAACCACAAGCCAUGUUUGUGAACAUCGAGAUGAAAUGCAUUCUGCUGAACAGGGGGGAAAUCCUGGCCACGACGGAUCUUUUGAUUUGACAAUAACCCAGGACAGACAGUUCAGUUCAUUUGUUAAUGGUGCAAAUGGAUCUGUAGAUAGUGGAAUGAACCUUUAUGAUUGUGAAGAGCAAAUGGAAAUUGAUUCACUCCUAAGUUCAUUUGGAGCAUCAAGUGAUACCUUUGCACAGACAUAUGAAAUGUUACAGAAAGGUGAAAAUAUUGUUGACCUUGAAAAAAAGGCUAAAUUAGCAGAAAGCAUUUCUGCUACAUUCAUGACUAAUACUGUCCCAUAUAUUACACAAGCUGGGGUGACUGAGUCAACUGUCUCUGAUGGAUCUUCUUGGACUCAACAAUAUCAAUCUACUUCCCAGUCAUGUGGUUUAUCUUAUUCUUCAGCUUCUCAAUGGGAAACCAUGCCAGGUACUGUUUUUCCUUUAGGGGGUUGUCGAAAUGAUGUUAGUGAGUCCAAUUCAAUGACUAGCCUGGGGACAAAUGGCGAUCUCCUGUUAUCUUUUGGCCAUACUUCAAUGCAGCAGCAACAGAGUUUAUCUAGUGAUACUAAUUUGGAAUUGAUUGACAAUUUUGCUAACCCUUGUCAAGAGUUUGUGAUGGGUAUGGAUGGUCAAAGGAGCCACCUAUACCGUGAUGAAGCACUGGCAACCCAAGGUGUAUGGGCGGCACAUCCUGAUACGAUGGUACACUCUUCAACUGAUACUGGACGUUCAGAUGUACAGCUGCCCAUGACACAGACUACUACUGUUCCGCUGCCUGCUCCGAGAUUGUCCAAGGGGCCCAACUCAUUAUUUAUUGGAACAGAGCUUAAGAAGGUUGACCUACAUCAUACAGGUAUGCGGAUGCCCUUGACACAGACUACUGUUCAGCUGCCUGCUCCGUGCUUGUCCAAGGACCCCAACUCAUCAUUUAUUGGAGCAGAGGUUCAGAAGGUUGACCAAAAUCAUUCAGAUAUGCAGCUUCCCUUGACACAGACUAGUCAUGUUCAGCUGCCUGCUAUGAACUUGUCCGAGUACCCGACCUCGUCAUUUGUUGGAGGAACAAAGCUUAAGAAAGUUGACAAACAUGAUUCGUAUAUGCAGCUUCCCAUGACACAUGCUAGUCAUGUUCCGCUGCCUGCUACGAGCUUGUCCGAGGAUCCGAAGUCAUCAUUUAUUGGAGGAACAGAGCUUAAGGCAGUUAACAAACAUGAUUCAGACAUGCAGCUUCCCAGGAUACAGGCUAGUCAUGUUCCACUGCCUGCUGUGAGCUUGUCUGAGGAACCGAACUCAUCCUUUAUUGGAGGCACAGAGCUUAAGGAAGUUGGCAAACAUGAUUCAGAUAUGCCGCUUCCCAUGACACAGGCUAGUCAUGUUCCGCUGCCUGCUGUGCGCUUAUCUGAGGACACGAAAUCAUCAUUUAUCGCAGGAGCAGAGCUUAAGGAAGUUGACAAACAUGAUUCAGAUACACCGCUUCCCAUGGCACAGGCUAGUCAUGUUCCGCUGCCUACCAUGAGCUUACCUGAGGAUACGAAAUCGUCAUUUAUUGGAGGAACAGAGCUUAAGGAAGUUGACAAACAUGAUUCAGAUAUGCAGCCUCCCAUAACACCGGCUAGUCAUGCUCCACUGCCUGCUGUGAGCUUGUCCGAGGACCCAAAAUCAUCAUUUACUGGAGGUACAGAGCUUAAGGAAGUUGGCAAACAUGAUUCAGAUAUGCAGCAUCCCAUGACACCUGCUAGUCAUGUUCUGCUGCCUUCUGUGAGCAUGUCCAGGGAUCCAAAAUCAUCAUUUACCGGAGGUACAGAGCUUAAGGAAGUUGGCAAACAUGAUUCAGAUAUGCAGCUUUCCAUGACGCAGACUGUUCAUGUUCAUCUGCCUACUCCGAGCUUGUCCAAGGACUCCGAGUCAUCAUUUGUUGGAGGAACAGAGCUUAAGGAAGUCGACAAACAUGAUUCAGAUAUGCAGCCUCCUAGGACGCAGGCUAGUCAUGUUCCGCUGCCUUCUGUGAGCAUGUCCAAGGAUCCAAAAUCAUCAUUUACCGGCGGUACAGAGCUUAAGGAAGUUGGCAAACAUGAUUCAGAUAUGCAGCUUUCCAUGACGCAGACUGUUCAUGUUCAUCUGCCUACUCCGAGCUUGUCCAAGGACUCCGAGUCAUCAUUUGUUGGAGGAACAGAGCUUAAGGAAGUCGACAAACAUGAUUCAGAUAUGCAGCCUCCUAGGACGCAGGCUAGUCAUGUUCCGCUGCCUUCUGUGAACAUGUCCAAGGAUCCAAAAUCAUCAUUUACCGGAGGUACAGAGCUUAAGGAAGUUGGCAAACAUGAUUCAGAUAUGCAGCUUUCCAUGACGCAGACUGUUCAUGUUCAUCUGCCUACUCCGAGCUUGUCCAAGGACUCCGAGUCAUCAUUUGUUGGAGGAACAGAGCUUGAGGAAGUCGACAAACAUGAUUCAGAUAUGCAGCCUCCUAGGACGCAGGCUAGUCAUGUUCCGCUGCCUGCUGUGAGCUUGUCUGAGGACCCGAACUCAUCCUUUAUUGGAGGUACAGAGCUUAAGGAAGUCGGCAAACAUGAUUCAGAUAUUCAGCUUCCCAUCACACAGACUGUUUGUGUUCAGCUGCCUGCUAUGAGCUUAUCCGAGGAUCCGAAAUCAUCAUUUAUCAAAGGAACAGAGCUUAAGGAAGUUGACAAAGAUGAUUCAGAUAUACCGCUUCCCGUGGCACAGGCUAGGCAUGUUCCACUGCCUACCAUGAGCUUACCUGAGGACACGAAAUCGUCAUUUAUUGGAGGAACAGAGCUUAAGGAAGUUGACAAACAUGAUUCAGAUAUGCAGCCUCCCAUAACACCGGCUAGUCAUGUUCCACUGCCUGCUGUGAGCUUGUCCGAGGACCCAAAAUCAUCAUUUACUGGAGGUACAGAGCUUAAGGAAGUUGCCAAACAUGAUUCAGAUAUGCAGCUUCCCAUGACGCAGACUGUUCGUCUUCGGCUGCAUGCUCCGAGCAUGUCCAAGGACUCUGAGUUGUCAUUUGUUGGAGGAACAGAGCUUAAGGAAGUCGACAAACAUGAUUCAGAUAUGCAGCCUCCCAUGACGCAGGCUAGUCUUGUUCCGCUGCCUGCUGUGAGCUUGUCCGAGGACCCGAACUCAUCCUUUAUUGGAGGUACAGAGCUUAAGCAAGUCGACAAACAUGAUUCAGAUAUGCAGCCUCCCAUGACGCAGACUAGUCUUGUUCCGCUGCCUGCUGUGAGCUUGUCCGAGGACCCUAACUCAUCCUUUAUUGGAGGUACAGAGCUUAAGGAAGUUGGCAAACAUGAUUCAGAUAUUCAGCCUCCCAUGACACAGACUGUUCGUGUUCAGCUGCCUGCGAUGAGCUUAUCCGAGGAUCCAAAAUCAUCAUUUAUCAAAGGAACAGAGCUUAAGGAAGUUGACAAACAUGAUUUGGGUAUACCGCUUCCCAUGGCACAGGCUGGUCUUGUUCCGCUGCCUACCGUGAGCUUACCCGAGGACACGAAAUCCUCAUUUAUUGGAGGAACAGAGCUUAAGGAAGUUGACAAACAUGAUUCAGAUAUGCAACCUCCCAUAACACCGGCUAUUCAUGUUCUGCUGCCUGCUGUGAGCUUGUCCGAGGACCCGAAAUCAUCAUUUACUGGAGGUACAGAGCUUAAGGAAGUUGGCAAACAUGAUUCAGAUAUGCAGCUUCCCAUGACGCACACUGUUCGUGUUCAGCUGCCUGCUCCGAGCUUGUCGAAGGACCCCGACUCGGCAUUUGUUGGAAGAACAGAGCUUAAGAAGGUUGGCCACAUUGGAUAUCCUCAGCAAAGUAUCCUGCUCUCAGCAAGCAAACCUUCACACCCAAUCGGUUUGCCAGUUAUCAAGUUUGAUGACGAGGUGGGUUCACGGUCAAAGAAGCGGAAAAGGUCAACAGAAGAUGUUUUAGCAUCGCAUGCACAAGCCAUGUUCGAGGGUGGGAGACUGCAAUGUAGAAGGACACCUGAGUUGGCUUGGGCUGAUGCCACAUUGACUGAGAAGGUUGACGGUGAAAAAGCAACGUCGGAAAAUAGCACCUUCGUUUCUCGAGCUCAGAGAAGACUUACUUUAACGACCAGCUUGAUUCAGUGUCUCCUUCCUGCUCUGUCAGCGAGACUUCUUGCAGCAAAAGUUGCUGAUUGCGGUGAAGCCAUUGUGUACCACAUUUGUAAACUGGUGCUCAGUGAUAUGUCUGACCCAGUUCAAUCUUUUGUCAGCGACACCAACAACUUCAUGCAAAGUGAAAACAUGCCACCGAACGAGACAAGCACCUCCGGAAAGGAGGACCGUAAACUCUUAUCUGAAGUUCUGGAAACCUUCGAUGUGAGGCUUGGCGGGCUACAAAGCUCCUUGUCAAGAAUCGAGAAUAUGCCCAGCUUCCAAGACUACGCGGCAGCGCUACACCAAAUCGAGCAGUGGUCCAUGACUCAUCAGUUCAUAAAGCUGAACGAAUACAAGAGAUUGCAUGCCGGCUACGGCUCGGGUCCUAAAAGGCCUCUUUGCGUCGGAGCCAUCCGGAAGCAUGCCGGAGGAUCUUCCGCGCCGGUCUCAGAGCUGAAAAGGAUUCGGUGUCGCUCACUCAAGUAGCCGCUCGCUCGCGCACCGACUCGCCCCUAAGGAAAAAAGUGGAGUUGCUCGGUGACUUGAGGAGUAAUGUGGUCAUACUGAUGAUGUAGCGAGGAGUUAGGAGGGUAUUAUGUAGGAGUUAACUUCGUGUGAAGUAGUGUAUUUUGGGGUGGGGUGCAGGGACGGGACGUGUUGUGUCCAUGUCAUUUGGCAAACAGGGCAGGAAUGUGCUUCUGAACUGAGACGGUGUCCGGGCCCCCGUGCACCGCCUUGUCCGGCGGUGCCAAAUGACGCGCCGAUGGCUGUCGUCGCCGGAGAAAACGGCCCGGCUGUGGCGGGGUUUCCGUGAGUUGAGCUAGUGUGACUGUGUGAGUGUUGGUGUUGAUAGAGGAAGAGACCUUCCCAGCUGCAGCUGCUCCAACUGCACGUCAGGAUUAACGCAAGUUCUUGCUCUGUAUGGGCUAUGUUA